AUGCAAGAAAACAACACUGACCAGCCUCCUUCGCUGUCUCAGCUCUUAAGAGAGAGCUACCUGGCAGAGACUAGAGCCCAGCACCGCCACAGUGAGAUGAGCCGCUCAGACUCUUCCUUGUCCCGGUGCCUGAUCUACAGAUCCCUCAAAGGCAAGGCUGAUGACUCUGUGGGCCACGACGACCCCCAGUUGCCAGACUUGUCGGCCUUCCUCAACCAGGAGGAGCUGGAUAAGAGUGUCAACCUGGCUCGCCAGGCCAUCGGACAUGACCCCCAUGAAGAGAGGGCAGAGGUCAAUGUCGCACCGUCUGCCACCCUCUCUACAAUGCACUCCGACAUGUCCCCAGCCACUUUGCAUGUUGCUCCCACCACAGCCCCCUCUGCGUCCUUCAUGGCUGCCUCCUCUGCUGACACCUUCGUCCCUUCCUUUGCCACCCCCUCCGCUACUCCUCUUACUGCCCCCCAUCCUACCCCCCACACAACCACCUCCAGUCUGCCAGCUCCUGAAAUUAAAGAACUUCCGCCAACACACACAACAUUCUCAGCCGAUCGAAAGAUGCACAAAGAGUCCACACAGAAGGACAACACGCUAAAAAACAAGGCCUGCGGUGACAACGUUAAUGACAGGUCAGCGAGAAGCCCACCGUAUGGUGUGGAGACCCAGUCUAAGAAGGAGUUCCUCAACAAGGCUGCAGACUUCAUUGAGGAGCUCUCCUCUCUCUUCAAGGCCAACAGCUCCAAGAGGAUACGGCCGAGAGCUUGCAAAGCGCACAGGAGUAGGGUCCAGAGCAAGAGCCAGAAUGAUGGGUUAGUUUAUCCCACUAGUCAAGAUGAUAGGGAGCGACCCUUUAUGCCCCUGGAGAUGGAGGUGGAAAGACCCAACCCUGUUGAUUGUUACCAGCCAGAGGUUCAGCUGGACUCAGGAAUUGGGCAUGCAGAAUUAUCAGAGCAGGAUAGCAGGACUACCGGGGAGCUGCACAAUAACACUGAUUACCAGGAGGUGGAGGAGGAGGAGGAGGAGGAAGAGGUGGAAGAGAUGGAGAGCCCAGCCCUUACAGAGACUCCCUACUCAGCUGACCCUUUUUGUGAGCCUCCUCAUUUCAUCCAGAAACUUAAGAGUAGGGAGGUUCUGGAGGGCAGCAAGGUCCAGUUAGACUGCAUUGUAAGAGGAUGCCCUGAGCCUGAAGUCCGGUGGUUUUGUGAGGGCAAAGAGUUGGAAGACAGCCCUGACAUUCAGAUUAUCACCGACGGUGAGCUUCACUCUCUCAUCAUCACAGAGGCAUUUGAGGAAGACACAGGGCGUUACUCCUGCUUUGCAUCCAAUUUCUAUGGUACAGACUCAACAUCUGCAGAGAUCUACAUAGAAGGUGCCUCCUCCACAGACUCUGAGGGGGAACAACACUUUGACCAUGUAGCCCAGCUUCAGAGGAAUCCAACAAAGCCAGACUCAUCUUUAUGUCCAGUGGCUAGCCCGGUGGACACAGUGUCGUCCUUAUUAGUCGACAAUACCAUUUCACCCUCUGCGAUAGCAGCCGCUGAAGAAACACCCAAGGAGUUGUCCUCUCAACCAGCUAACCAAGAGGCCUCUGUGCCCUCUCCACCUGCCCAGAUAUCAACCCCCUUGCCUUCAGCCCCAGAUCUCUCGAAGGCACUGGACAUUUCUCCUCCACUGAAUCGUACCCAGGAAGAGCCAGCAACCUUACCUAUUCAUGUGUUUCCCAUUCCAUCACCAGAAGAUACAGGGCUUACAGAAGCCCAGGAGGUGUCAACACCUGUCGCAAUCACGUCCAUCCAAACAGCAACGUCAGUGCCGUUCAACCCUGUGGUCUCCCCUGCACCUACGCCUGUCCUGACUCAAACACAAAUAGCCCCAUCAGAGACUCAAAACUCCAAUCAUAGCCAUCUCCAAGGAUUCGAUGGGCGACCUUUAAUGGCUGCCCCUGUAUUCACAAAGAGCCUGCAGGACGUCCUAGCAUUGGAAGGCCAGCUGGUGGUGCUAGAGUGUCGUGUGAAGGGGGUGCCAUCACCUAAAGUGGACUGGUACAGGGAGGGAACAAUCAUAGACGACUCUCCAGACUUCAGGAUCCUACAGAAAAAGCCUAGAUCCCCUGCCGAAUCAGAGGAAAUAUGCACUUUGGUCAUUGCUGAAGUCUUCUCUGAAGAUUCGGGACUGUUUACUUGUACAGCAAGCAAUAAGUAUGGAACCGUGUCCAGUAUUGCUGCCCUGAAAGUCAAAGGCAACAGCAGCAACCUUGUGAAGACACUAAGCAGCUUAAAGGUGGAGUACAGCCAAGAACCUUCCCCAUUGGAUCUGCCUGCCCCCACCGUGAAGCCUCAGCCAGAGGUUACUACGACCAACAGCACCAAGCCCUGCUCAAGUGCUAUUCGUUUAGACCCACUCAGCUCUAGCACCUUACAUCUGGACCCUCUGAGUACCAGCACUCUGCGUCUGGACCCCCACAGCUCCACUAUGCUGCGUCCAGACCCGCUCAGCACCAGCCUACCUAGCGUAGAUCCCUUAAGUCUAAGCAACAGCCUCCUUGUAGGUUCCCGUAGCACCAGCACGCCACGCCUGGACCCAAUUUACCUGACCAUGCACCACCAGGACCGGCCCGGAUCCAAUGGAGCACGCCCAGAAUUGCUUAGCGGUGGAGAGGUGCCCUCAUAUUUAAAACCCAUCUCUGGUUUUUCUGUAGGGAGAGAGAGAGAGCAGCAAGUGUCCAGGUCUUUGCCGACAUUGCCCGAGUUUGCCAUUCCUGGAAAUGCCAAGGUUAACGAGACCCCAAAUAAGCAGAGUGUGGUUCAUACUGUAGUGCCCCUCCCCGAUCCACCAGCAAACUCCUGCCUGAAGACAGGUGUUUGGGCAAACCACAAAGACCCUCGUUCCAGCUCUAGGGUGGGCCUCCGUGUGCACUUCAAACUGCCUGAGGAUGAGGAGGAUGAACAGAGUGACACAUCCGGUCAGUCUGAUGAAGACAACACUCAGGCAUUUGCUAAUAAAGAACCACCACCAGUACUGGCCAAGCCUAAACUGGACCCAGUCCAACUCCAGCUCCUCCACAAUCAGGUCCUCAUGGAGCAGCAACAGGAAAGUGAUCCCCCCAACCAGCCUCAAACCCAGACCAAGACCGAGAUCCAACCUCAACCCCAGACAGAGAUCCAGAGCCCCCCUAAGGCAGAGGUCUGGUCACCCAGACUGCCACACGAACCCCCACCACAACCUUUCCAGCUCUACCCUAACAUCACAAUUCCCCAGCAGCCUCCCCAACUGGUGCACCCACUGACCACUGCUCCUCUUACACCUUCACUGAGCUCUCCUGCACUACCCAUAAUUUCAUCCUCCAUAACUCAUCUGAACACCAAACCUGCCUCCCCUUUGUGCACCCUUCCAUCCGCACCCCAGCUGAAAACAGCUUUGCUGGUGACCGGCCCUUCACCUGCACCGCAGCUGACCACAGCUGCCAUAUCUCCAUUCAGCACACCACCAGCAACCCAGAUGAACACCAUUCACGCAUCCCACCUCAACCUCUCCCCUGUGGCUCUUUCUAGAGCUCUACCUUCAACCCAGUUUAGUUCUCCAAUGGCACCUCAGUUCAGUACACAACCCACAGCCUCUCUGAGUAAACCUCCUGCCAUACAGCAGAUUACAUCCCCCACUGCUUUGCUGAGAACCACCCAUGCCUCCCUGAUAAACCUGGCCCCUUCGUCCCAGAGCUUUAACUAUGCCAGGCCCAAGGAGUUCAUAGCUGCCCAGACCUUCUCGCCAGUCAGGAGUCCUUCCCCGACAGAGUCUCCGGUGCCCAUGCUCCAGGAGCUGGCUGCGGAGCUCAACUCCUCUGCAGCCAGCUCCCCAACAAUCCCCCCAUUUUCCCUGCAACCCAGGGUCUUCCCCACUCGGGAGCUAAAGUCUCCCACCAGCCCACCCACCCUUGUGAUGUCCCCCACCCCGCCAUCGGCUCCAUACCAUAACUCUGUGUUCGCCGUGCGUGCCCAGUCACCUCCUCAGGCUUCCUCUCCCACCUCCAGCAGCUCCACUCCAAGCCCCAUACAGAAUCCAGUGGCUUUCCUCAGUUCUGUCCUGCCAUCCUUACCUACGGUACCACACACCAAUGCUAUGGGUCUUCCCAAGGGCGCUCCACCCGGCAUACUGAAGAAGUUACCCAGGAGCCGUUUAUCGUUAAGUGAAGACAUCCGUGAGAGCAAAGAAACUCUCAUCCAUGAUAUCGAGAAGAAGCUUCGUUUUAAGGAUGAUACAAUCAGCUUUGAACAUCAACAGAAGCUGAUUUAUGAGGGGAAAACAGCGAGCAGACCCCUUGGACCAAACAUUGCUGCUACUGUCUUUAACUAUGAUGAGGAGUACAAAGUCUCUAACUUUGAGCAGAGGCUAAUGAGUGAGAUAGAAUUCCGUUUGGAGCGAACGCCAGUGGAAGAGUCAGAUGAUGAGGUGCAACACGAUGAAAUCCCCACGGGGAAGUGCAUUGCCCCCAUAUUUGACAAGAAACUGAAGAACUUCAGAGCCAUGGAGGGCGUGCCUGUCACAUUCUCCUGCAAAGUAGUGGGAAUCCCUCUGCCAAAGGUUUACUGGUUCAAAGACGGAAAGCAGAUCUUGAGGAAGAAUGAUCAUUACAAGAGGAUUAGAGAAGGGGAUGGGACCUGUGCCUUGCACAUACCGUCCACCACCAAUGACGAUGAUGGCAAUUACACCAUCAUGGCAGCUAAUCCCCAGGGUCGAAUCAGCUGCUCCGGGCAUUUGAUAGUCCAAACAGGUCCUCCCAGAAACCGACUGACACCUAUUCACUCUUCGAGGGUGCGAGCCCGCAUACAGGAAGUUGAGGAAGGUGAGCAAACCCAAGAGCGCUUCUUUCGACCUCACUUUCUCCAAGCUCCAGGGGAUAUGCAAGCCCAUGAGGGAAGACUCUGUAGAUUAGACUGUAAGGUGAGUGGACUCCCCAACCCAGAGUUGAUGUGGUUGGUCAAUGGCAAGCCCAUCUAUCCAGACCUAUACCACAAGAUGCUAAUAAGGGAGAAUGGCAUCCAUUCCCUGGUUAUCGAGCCUCUGACGCAGAAUGAUGCUGGCACAUAUACCUGCAUUGCGAGCAACAAAGCAGGGCAGAGCUCUUUCAGUCUAGAAUUGCAAGUUGUAGAGAAAGAGAUGAAGCAGCCACCCUAUUUUGUGGAGAAGCUUCAGAACACAGGCAUCCCUGAGGGCAGUCCUGUCAGGCUGGAUUGUCGGGUGGUGGGCAUGCCCCCACCAGUUAUCUUCUGGAAGAAAGACAAUGACACCAUUCCCAAAACCAAGGACAGAUUCAGCAUGCACCAGGAUGCCACUGGGUAUGUGUGUCUCCAUAUCCAACCAACCAAGAAGGACGAUGCUGGCUGGUAUACGGUGUCAGCUAAAAACGAGGCUGGAAUUGUGUCUUGCACAUCCAGACUGGACAUCUAUGCACAAUGGCAUCAGAGCAUCCCCAUGCCCAUGAAGAAGACUCCACGUACAGGCAGCCGCUACGCUGCUCUGACGGGCCAGGGGCUGGACAUCAAGUCGGCCUUCCCCACAUCUGAAAAUAGCCCCAUCCUGUUCUCCAGCUCUCCACCCGAGGUGACUCUGGAGAGCGAGGAGCUGUGAAACCUCCUCCUGUACUCAACCAGCAGCACUAACAAACAUAUAAGGAAGCUCUUCACAGCACUUUUCACAGAAGUCUACCAGAGUUUACCACAUUCUCUCACCCCACUGUGGUUCACCAUAGAUGAUUUGUGGCGGCACAAAAAAAAAGCAGAGUAGGAAGAGGAAGAAAAAUUGGGGGGGGGGAUUAGCAUGUGAGCAGAUUUUCAUGUAAUUCAUGUGAUGCAUUUGAAGUGAUACAUUCAAAAUAGAAUAACAGCAGUUAUUGCCUCUUCUGCAAAGCCACCAGAGCCAAUGCUGGGCUAGGCAUCAUUCCUAUUUAAUUGUGUCAUUUAAAGAGUGUUAUUCACAAACAAGAAUAUCGCCAAAUUUGCAAAGUCUUAGUUCCCGUGCCACCUGUGGAGCUGAAAAUUUUUCUUGGACAGAUUAGAAUAAGUCAGAGUUAUUUUUGUACGUCACCAUUAGCUGCGAUGUUCAGGUUGUUGCUGAAUGUUGCAUUGCAUUACAAACAUAUUACAUUUUGUGCUUCAUUCACUUCAACAUAAUGUUCUUAAUCCCAAGCUACUAUAUUCACAAUGUGGAACUUGUACCAUCUAUUUUCAUUGCAAAAUAUUCAUAUCUGCACUAGUAAUGAUAACUUGUUAUGAACUUUAUAUGAAAGGAUUUAUAAAUUAUUGUUUAAUAAUAGCAAAAUAGUAAUAGGUUAAGUGAAAAUACAUGCCAAUAUAUAUUUUACUGUGCCAUUUGGGUAAAUUUGUUUAAAUGGUUCCAUAGAGAAGGGAUUGCUCUUAUGUUGUGCCAAAUCAUUUAUCAAUGAUAAAGUUUUUGCACC